AUGCCUCCUCCAUUUGAUAUGAUUUCUAAGAUGCAUCCUCCUAGAGAGGCUUGGAGGCUGAAAGUUAGGGUUCUAAGACUUUGGGUUGUACCCUCUUUUGGUAACCAUAAGGUUCCUAACUCAAUGGAGAUGAUUCUCCUUGAUGAGCAUUGUAGAAAAAUGCAAGCUACAGUCAAGAAACCACUGCUUAAUAGGUUUAGAGAUCAUAUAGUUGAAGGACAAGUUUAUAGAAUGGCAUAUUUUACUAUUGUGUCAAAUCAUGGUAGUUAUAGAGCAACUUCUCAUGAAUUCAAAUUGGUUUUUCUUCACCGAACCACUGUUGUAGCUGUUGAUGAAGAUGUCAUCCCUAAGACUUGUUUCAACAUGUUUUCUUUUUCUGAGUUGUUGAACAUGACCCAAGAUUAUGAUUUCUUAGUUGAUGUCAUUGGUCUUUUAACUUCAGUCGGAGAAGAGAAAGAAUAUGCAAAAGAGGGGAAAAUUGUAAAAAUGAUUGCAUUAGAAUUAACUUCAAAAGAUCUUACAGUGCGAUGUGCAUUGUUUGGGGAUUAUGUUAAUCAAGUGAAUCAUUUCCUUGCCUCUGGCUAUGUGGAGCAGCCUGUUGUGGUGAUUCAGCUUGCAAAAGUCAAGUUCUUUAGGGGUCAAGUAGGUCUUCAAAAUGUGAUGUAUGCCACUCAAAUGUUAUUUAAUCCUGAUAUUCCUGAAGUUGUUGAGUUCAGGCAGAGUAUGAUUGAGCAAGGUGUCAAUGGUACCCAUCCGCUGUUUAUUGCAAAUGAGGGUAAAGUUCUCUCAUUGGAAGAUGAUUUCAUGCGUUUAACUAGAAAAUGCACUAUUGAAGAGCUUCAAGAUAACAAUCAGGAGGGUUCUUUUAUCAUUUUUGGUGCAAUUCAAGGUAUUGUUGAGGAUGGAGGUUGGUGGUAUUCUGCUUGUGUGUGGAAAGGGUAUCUAUCCUCAAAAUGGUGCAUAUUACUGUGA